AAAUUUGUAGAGCUGUGUAUGAUCCAAAGGAACACAUUUCAAUUGCUUCGGAUUCGUUGAACCAAAAACACAUAAAAUUCUAGUUCAUAUAUAUUACUUUUGCAUAUUAUUUUGAUUGAAAAAUGGAUUCGAAAAUAAACGGUAAGAAACUGAUAACGCUGAUGAAGUCGAUUAAUGAGCCAGCCACCUUCGAGACGCUGGUCAAGGGUUUUAACUUUAGGUCUAUUCGCGGUGAGGCUCUUCGGGAAGCCAAGCACAAGGUGAGGAAUCUAUUGAGUGCUGCGGUUCGUCUAGGAUUCGUCAAGGAGUAUAAUGGGCACUACUUUACCUCCACCCAUGUCGACGAGAUGUUUGAGUUUAUGGAACCCGAAUUCCAGCAGAACGAGAAUGAUCCCAAAAAGAGAUGUAUGGAUUCUGAAACUAACUAUUAUGAUAUUUCCGACUCUGACGACUAUGAAGAGCCACCGAAGCCAGCGAAGGCUCCACCACGAAGACGCCGCUCUUAGAAAUGAUUUUAGGAAUAUUUUUGUUAUAAAUGUAUUUUUUCAAAUAUAAGUUCAAUUAAAAUUUGACUACCAUUUAGUAGCUUCUGUAA